CCAGCACGUUGUCCCCGGCAACCCCAGGACGCCGGGCGGCGCGGUGCGAGCCACUGACCCGGUCCCCGGGGCCAGAGGAGCAAAGGGCGAGCUGUCGGAGGCCAGCAUGGAGCCAGAGAAGAAGGGGCUGUCGUCGGCUUCUUCCAACGGAGACGGGAGAGAAAAUAAAUUAAAACAAGGAAUUUCCCAAGACUUGGCUUCUUCCUCCAGAUUAGACAGAUAUAAGAUAGCAAGGCAAUUAACAGAAAAAGCUAUCAAGGAGAAGAAGAUUUUCUCUAUUUACGGACACUACCCGGUGGUCCGGGCCGCUCUGCGAAGGAAGGGCUGGGUGGAGAAGAAGUUCCACUUUUUGCCCAAGUUCAUUCCGGAUGUCGAGGACGAAGGCGCUGGGGUUGCUGAUGUUACAUGUGGCAAAGUCAAAGAAAAUCAAGAAAUGGCCUUGGAGAAAACAGACGACAUCCACAACGUGAUGUCUAGGUUGGUAAAAAACGAGAUGCCGUACCUCCUCUGGACCAUCAAGAGGGACGCCAUUGACUAUCACAGCCUGACCUGCGACCAGAUGCUGAACCACUACGCAAAGACAGCCUCCUUCACCACCAAGAUCGGGCUGUGCGUGAACAUGCGGAGCCUGCCCUGGUACGUCCCGGCCAACCCCGACUCCUUCUUCCCGCGCUGCUACAGCCUCUGCACCCAGAGCGAGCAGCAGGAAUUCCUGGAAGACUUCCGGCGCACCAUGGCAUCCAGCAUCCUCAAGUGGGUGGUCAGCCACCAGAGCUGCAGCAGGAGCGGCAGGAGCAAGCCCAGGGGCCGGAGGGAGGAGGCCGGGAGCAGCGACCUGAGCAGCAGGCAAGAUGCCGAAAAUGCUGAGGCAAAGCUCAGGGGUCUCCCGGGACAGCUUGUGGACAUCGCAUGCAAGGUGUGCCAGGCCUACCUGGGGCAGCUGGAGCAUGAGGACAUCGACACGUCGGCGGACGCCGCGGAGGACCUCACCGAGGCCGAGUGGGAGGACCUGACACAGCAGUACUACUCCCUCGUUCAUGGUGAUGCUUUCAUCUCCGAUUCAAGAAAUUACUUUUCGCAGUGCCAGGCUCUGCUGAAUCAAAUCAUGUCUGUGAACCCUCAGACGGACAUCGACGGGUUCCGGAACAUCUGGAUUAUAAAGCCCGCGGCCAAGUCCCGGGGCCGAGACAUAGUGUGCAUGGACCGUGUGGAGGAGAUCCUGGAGCUGGCGGCUGCAGACCACCCUCUUCCCAGGGACAAGUGGGUGGUCCAGAAGUACAUCGAGACGCCACUGCUCAUCUAUGACACCAAGUUCGACAUCAGACAGUGGUUCCUCAUCACGGACUGGAACCCCCUGACCAUCUGGUUCUACAAGGAGAGUUACCUGCGGUUCUCAACACAGCGCUUCUCCCUGGACAAGCUGGACAGUGCCAUCCACCUGUGCAACAACGCCGUCCAGAAGCACCUGAAGAAUGACGUGGGCCGCAGCCCCCUGCUGCCUGCACACAACAUGUGGACCAGCGCCAGGUUCCAGGAGUACCUGCAGUGCCAGGGCCGUGGUGCCGUGUGGGGCAGUGUCAUCUACCCGUCCAUGAAGAAGGCCAUCGUCCACGCCAUGAAGGUGGCCCAGGACCACGUGGAGCCUCGCAAGAACAGCUUUGAGCUCUACGGGGCCGACUUCGUCCUUGGAAGGGACUUCAGGCCCUGGCUGAUCGAGAUCAACUCCAGCCCCACCAUGCACCCGUCCACACCGGUCACAGCCCAGCUGUGUGCACAGGUGCAGGAGGACACCAUCAAGGUGGCCGUGGACCGCAGCUGUGACGUCGGCAACUUUGAACUCCUGUGGAGGCAGCCUGUGGUUGAGCUGCCCCCAUUCAGCGGGUCCGACCUCUGCGUGGCAGGCGUCAGCGUGAGGAGAGCCAGGAGGCAAGUGCUGCCUGCCUGCAACCUCAAGGCCUCGGCCUUGCUGUUGGACACGCAGCCACUGGAGGCACAGGGCCCCUCGGCCAUGCCCGACCCUGCCCAGCGAUCCCCACGGCCAGCUCUCCAGCGAGACUUGGGACUGAAGGAAGAGAAGGGGCUCCCCCUGGCCUUGCCGGCACCCUUAAGGGGGCUGGCCGAGAGCAGUGGAGCCCCGCAGCCUACCCGCACCAAGGCUGCUGGGAAGAUGGAGCUCCCGGCCUGCCCCUGUCGCCAUGUGGACAGUCAGGCCCCAAACACCGAUGUCCCUGAAGCCCAGCCUAGCAAACACUGGAAUCCAAACCAGCUAAAUGCACACCCCCUGGCACCUGUGCCACAGAACCUGAAGACAGUGGAGGGUGCCCUGCGUCCGCCGCCCGGAGGAAAAGGUUCAUGACAGAGUCAGAUUCUCUGCGGCAGGAGGCCAGGUUGCAGCCACUCUACCACUGAACACUGAAUAUGUCUUUCCACUGUCUUGUCUUUGCUGUGGCUCUCGGAAAAUCGGCAGAGUCAGCCAUCAUUCUGCAAGGGGAGCUGUCAAUUCUACCUGCCAGCUUUUAAGACUGUUUUAAUACGAUAUCUGAGUGUUCAAUUUGAUUUUUACUUAUUCGAUCUGGAAUUUGAAUGUC